AUGAGCUCGGCACAAGAAUCGGCCUCGAAGCCGUCCGCCCAGACAACGGGCCAGAAGAAGACGGCCUCGCCCGCCAUUCGCUAUCCGUUUUGGUUCGGAGGCAGCGCCAGCAGCAUGGCCGCCUGCGUCACUCAUCCAUUGGACUUGGUCAAGGUCCGAUUGCAAACGCGACAUGGCAACGCCCCCAAGAACAUGAGCGGCACUUUUGUUCACAUUCUAAAAAAUGACGGCAUCAUCGGCCUCUACUCAGGCAUAUCCGCAUCGCUCAUGCGCCAGCUGACGUACUCGACGGUGCGCUUCGGCGUCUACGAGGAGCUCAAGAUGCGUUACACCCGCUCCGGCCGCACCGCCACCUUUCCCGCCCUCACGGCCAUGGCCGUCACCGCGGGCUUCCUCGGCGGCAUCGCUGGCAACUUUGCCGACGUGAUCAACGUGCGCAUGCAGCACGACGCAGCGCUGCCCCCCGACCAGCGCCGCAACUACAAGCACGCCCUCGACGGCAUGGCCCGCAUGGCUCGCGAUGAGGGCCUGUCGAGCUACUUUCGCGGCUGGCUGCCCAACGCCAGCCGCGCCGCCGUCAUGACGGCCGGCCAGCUCGCCACGUACGACACUUUCAAAGGCAUGCUCAUUGAAUACACCCCCAUGGGCGACAACUUGACGACGCACUUUUCCGCCUCUUUUCUCGCGGGUCUCGCUGCGGCGACGGCCACAAGUCCCAUCGACGUCAUCAAGACCCGUGUCAUGUCAUCUUCACAGAAACAGGACAUCCUUCAAGUCAUUAAGGAUAUUUCACGCACCGAAGGCAUGGGCUGGAUAUUCAAGGGCUGGGUUCCCAGCUUUCUGAGACUUGGACCGCACACCAUCUGUACUUUUGUCUUUCUUGAAGCGCACCGCAAAUUAUAUAGAGCGGCCAAGGGAAUUGACGACAAUAAGGACUAG